AAGUGAUCAAGUCGAUAGUUUCUUCGAUAGCCAUAAUAUCACGAUUAAUACUUUGUAUAAAACGUAAAUAAUUAUUGACAUAUAAAGAAAUGCCACAAUAUACAUGCAAUGGAAGUAACAUUGAGUAUAUAAAUAUUUUUACAACGAAAAAUAUUAGGUAAAAUAUUUUUGACAAGGGGAAACCUCAUUUAAGGAUAUUCAAUGAAUAUCAUAUGUGAUAUUUUAUAAUUGUCAUACGUGAUCUCGAAUAUAAAUAAUUGUCUUUAUAUUGUUCAAUUACGCUUAAAUUAUGAGUGUUGAUAGCGAGAAUAAGUCAAAUGAAGCUAUUGCUCCGUUUACACCAUCAGCAGAUCAGGAAAGUACAGAUAAUAGAAAUAUUCAGGAAACAACUAUAACCCCAGAAAUGGUGCUACGAUUACCUACAAUUACUGACAAGUAUUUAUGUUCUCCAGAGGCAAAUAUUUAUGACAUAGAUUUUACAAGAUUUCAAAUCAGAGACUUAGAGACAGGAGCAAUAUUAUUUGAGAUAACAAAACCACCAGCUACUGAAUGUGAUUCCAAUCAAGAUCUGGAACCAGAAAAUGAAGAAUCUGGUUGUGAGGAUGCUAAUACUGGCCGUUUUGUACGGUAUCAAUUUACACCUCAAUUUCUUAAACUAAAAACUGUCGGAGCUACAAUUGAGUUUUUGGUGGGUUCUAAACCAGUGAACAAUUUCCGAAUGAUUGAACGUCAUUUCUUUCGGGAUAGAUUGUUGAAAACCUUUGACUUUCAAUUUGGAUUUUGUAUACCAAAUAGCAAGAAUACUUGUGAACACAUUUAUGAGUUUCCUACUUUACCUGCUGACUUGGUUUCUGAAAUGAUUGCAAAUCCAUUUGAAACACGUUCAGAUUCGUUUUAUUUUGUGGACAAUCAAUUGGUCAUGCAUAAUAAAGCUGAUUAUGCAUAUAAUGGUGGACACACACAUGAUGUACUUUAGUAGAUAAAGUCAGUAGGAAACUUGCACUUUGCAAAAAAUAAUUGUGAUAAUAGUAGCAAAUAUUUAGCUAAUUUAAAAUUCCAAAUGUAUUUCUUUUUAUAAAUAAUUGCAAUUUUCACAAAUUUUUAGAUUAAUGUUUAAAAGUUGAAUUUGCUUCACAUGCAACUUUUCACUCUUCUAAUUGAAUACAUAUCUAAUUGAACAAUUUUCUAUAUUGAACUUAUAGCUAAAUAAAUGUUUUUUAAUUUUAUAAUAAUUAAAAAUUCUAUUAUGAUGCCUAAUAUUUAAAUAGUUAUUAUUUUAAAUAUGGCCUUGUGUAAAACUGUUUGUCAGUUUUAUCACUACUAAAUCUUAACUAAUGACAUUGAAUGUAUUUUUUAUGAAAGCAGCAAACAAGAGGCUAAAGAGAUGAGCUUUGUAAGUUUUUAACAAGCACAACAUUUAUGAUUUAUUUAUACUGCAUAAAAUUAUAUUUUACUUCACUAUUUUUCUCUUGAUUUAUAUGUAAUGUCAAAAACUUCACAAAUACAUGUAUAUAUUUACAAAAUAUACUGUGUAUUUUUUUUACAUAUGAAAUGAUAAUAAAUUAUGUCUGAUUAACGAAA